AUGGCGGCCCCCGCCGCGGAGCCGGACUGGGAGGCCUCCAAGGAGAAUUUCCAGCCCUUGAAGACCGGCCGCAAGGCGGCCGCGUUGCGGGACAGCACCGCAGAGCUGCGCACCCAGGCGAUUGAGGGGCGGCGGCGGGCGUUUUGGGAGGAGCUGGCAGCCUACAGCGGCAGUGAUCCGUUGGAGGUCUGGCUCAGGUUCAUCCGCUGGACGCAGGACACGUUUAGCGCGGGGGGACACAAGGCGGAGCUGCUGCCGCUGCUGGAGCGGUGCACCGCAGCGCUGCAGGGGGAAGAGCGGUACAAGCAAGACAUCCGGUACCUGCGGGCCGACUGCCUGCCUGACCCCGGGGACGUGUUUUCUUUCCUCAAGGAGCAGGGCAUCGGGCAGGAGCAUGCCCUGUACUACGUGGAGGCUGGGCAGGCGGGGAGCGGCGGCGCGGCGGGCGAGGCGGGCCGCCCCACGCUGCGCCAGCGCCUGGACCGCGGCGGCAGCGUGGCGGCUGCGGGGGAGGAGGGGAUCAUUCAGGACCCGCUGCAUCUGCACAAGGCCCAGGCGCACGUGGCGCCGCUGCCCGGGUUUCCCGGCGGCGCGCCAGAGGCGCCGCCGGCCAAGCGGCGGCGGGAGGAGGCCAUGGCUUUUGACCAGGGUGAGGAGCUGUGUUUCGAGGAGGCGAGGGCGGCGGCCUGGCUGCAGCGCCGCGCAGCGGAGGAGCAGGCCGCCGAGGCCGCCGCCGCUGCGGCCGAGGCCGAGGCAGGGGAUGAUCUGCCAGACAUGAAUCUAGAUCUUGAGGGAGAUACCUGUGCACUGGGCGUGGUGCUGGGUGCCAGCGCUGGCACCCCGGCUGCUGCGCAAGCAGCCGUGCCGGCAGAGCCCCCUCCACAGCAGCAGCAGCAGCGCGCAUCGCCGCUCCCCGCUGCACAAGCGGGGAGCCCGCUGGUGGUUCCAACGGUGGAAGUUGCGGAGGAGGCUUGCCCUGCCGCCUUUGGCAGCCCCGUAAUGGUGGAGGCGAUUGCUGCGCCGCCUUCUCCCGCGGAGGCGGGGGCAGAGGUGGCGGGAGCCGAGGAGGCGCCUGCGCCGGCUGCCGAGCAGGCGGCCGGCCCCGCCGCGGCGCCCAGCACAGCACAGGAGAGGGAAGAGGAGGCUGCUGUGUCACCUGCAGAUAGUACUGACGAGGCCGCCGAGCCGGCGAGCUCUGCAGAGCAGCAGCAGCCCGGGCUGCGGCCCACGCCGUUUGCGCAGCAGGCCGAGCCCGCCGCCUGCGAGCCCACAGUGACGCUGAGCAGCCGGGACGCGUUUGCCGCCAUCAAUCAAAUGUUUGGGGGCGCCCUGCCCGCGGCCACGGCACCCGCUGGCCUGCUUGCCGGCGGCGGGGCGGCUGCUGGGCUGGAGCCGACGGUGACCAUUGCAACCAAGGACGCCUUUGCCGCGCUCGACGCAAUGUUCAAGGGUGCGUUGCCCCAGGAUCAACCCACCCUGCCGCUGGGGCGCUCCGGGGUCCUGGGCGGCAGCGGAAGCGGGGGCAUCGGCCACGCGCCAUUUGGCGGCAGCGGCGGCUACGAGCCCACCAUGACCAUCUCAACCAAGGCGGCUUUUGCAGCCCUCAACAAUAUGUUCAAGGGCGCGUUGCCUGGGGAGCAUGCCAGCCUUCCGCCCACGGCGCGAGGCCCUGUGGGGGGCGGCUAUGAGCCCACCGUCACCAUUUCGACCAUGGCGGCCUUUGAAGCCGUCAACAGCAUGUUUGGAGGCGGGACAGCUGCAGCUGCAGCACCGCUGCAGCAGCCCGCAGCGGCCCGGCGGCAGCAGGGCGGCUUCCGGGCGCCCGCGCCGCGGCCGCGCCCCGCGGCCGACUCUUUGCCGGCCGACUCGCCUGCCGGCGGCGGCGGCGGCGGCUUCUCCAUCAACGAAGACACUCAGUUUGUGAGUGUGCCGCUGGGCUGCGACGACGGCGACGACGGCGGCGCGGCAGGCUCGCCAGGGGCGGUCGUCGUCGGCGGCGGCGGCAUGGGCAGCUUCUGCGUGCAUGAAGACACUCAGUUCAUAACGGUUUCCGCGGCAGGAGCUGAUGAGGAGGAGGAGGAGGAUGCAGAGCCGGCGCGGCAGGCCAGCCCCGCGGUAUCCGGCGGCGGCCUAGGCGGGCUCAUGAUCCGUGAGGACACGCAGUACAUAACUGUGGCGGUCCCACAGCGGUACGACGAGUGCACCGGCGACGACGAUGCGUUGGCGGGCGAGGCGAUAGCGGCGGUGGAGGGAGGCGAGUGGGCACCCGCUGGCACGCCCGACCCCUCCCAAGGCUUCCGCAUCCGCGAGGACACACGGCAUGCGGGCCCACCUGCUGCCGCUGCUGCUGGCGGCAGUUUCUGCAUCAGGGAAGACACUAUGUUCCUGGGGCUGGGUGCCACCCCUGCCACCUCUCCCGGCAGCAGCCUGGGCGGGACCGCCGGCUGCCCCAGCGGCGGCCCGGGCAGCAGCCCGCGCGCGGCGCGCAAGCGGCCGCUGAGCGAGCUGCGGGACGGGGGCAGCACAGGCGACCUGCUGGGCGGCGGCGGCGACGCCUCGCCGCUGCUCGCGGCGGGCAGCCCCGCGCACAGCGCCAACGACGGCCAGGUGGGCAAGUGGGGGUUUGCCCCCGGUGCCGACGACACCCUCGCCCUCCAGCUGGACCUGGGAGACACGCAGGCGCUGCUGGAGGCGGUGGGCCAGGCGGCGGCGGCAGACCCCACGGCGGCGGCGCAGCUGCAGGCCGCCGCCGACGGCGCCGACGGCGGCGCCGCCCCCGGAGCCUCCCCGGCCCUGGAGGCUCACCUGGAGGGCCUGCAGCUGGCAGACAGCAAGGAGAACUUGCCUGUGGAGGCGGCGGCAGUCGCGGCGGCGCCCGGCGCCACCGCCCGCAGCCUGUCCGACCCCGUCGCCGCCGCAGCAGCGCUGCGCCCGCUGGGCGAGGCGCGGGCGGCGGCGCUGGGCGGCGUGGAAGUGGAAUGGAAUGUUGAGGCGGAGGCGGCUGUGGUGGCUGCUGGGCUGCCGGAGCAGGACAGCUUCAUGGUGUGGGUAGAUGAUGGGGAGGAAGGCAGCCCGCCGCUCAUGGGCUCACCCGCCGGCUCCGGAGGCAGCCAGACCUGCGCCGCCCCGGCCGCCGCCGGCGCCGCUGCGGCCCAGCCCGGCGCCGCCGCCAAGAAGCUGGAGCAGGCUGGAACAGCGCAUCUGUUAUCGCCAGCAGGCGAGGUGGUGGCGGGCGCGGGCUUUGUGACGCCCGUGCGGCAGUGGCCGGAGGGAGGCGCUGGGGAGGUGCCGGCGCUAGACCCCUUCUCUCCCUCCUUCCGCGGGCGCAUGCUGGCCUGCCUGGAGCCUGCGGUGGCUGAGGUGAGCCUGGCGGUGGUGCUGUGGGUGUGGCAGUGGAGGCCGUGGUUGCUGGGUGUACCAGCUGGCACUCUGGCUGCCAUUUGGUGGCAGCAGCAGCAGUGGCCCGGCGUGCACUGCAUGAGCGAGGGGGAGGAGGCGGAGGCGGAGGUGGGGCUGGAGGCGGCAGCCAGGGGCACCUCGGGGCUGGUGGAGCUCCAGCUGUGCGGGCUGGAGUUUGCGGUCAGCGGGUGCAUCGGGGAGGGGGCCUAUGCGCGUGUGUUCCAAGGCGUUGAUGGCGACUGCGGAGAUGUGGCGCUGAAGCUGGAGGGGCCGCCCUGCCCCUGGGAGUGGUACGUCUGCAAGGCGCUGGCGGCGCGGGUGCCGCCGGCCGCGCGCCGCCACUUUGUCGAUCCUUCCGCCCUGCUGCUGGGGGCCAAGGCCAGCGUGCUGGUGGCGCCGCUGGGGCCCCACGGCAGCCUCCAAGACCUGGUGAACGCGUACCUGGCGCGGCAGCAGGCUCCCCCCGAGGCCCUGGCCAUGCACUUUGCCGUUCAGCUGCUGCGCAUCAUGCGGGAGAUGCACGCGGCCCACGUGGUGCACACCGACAUCAAGCCAGACAACCUGCUGGUCACUGUGGAGUCAGGGGAGGGGCCAGGUGGCAACGAGGCGCCCGGCCCCGCUCUGGGCCUGCAGCUGAUCGACUUUGGGCGGGCUCUGGACCUGGAUCUUCUGCCCGCGGGAGCAUUGCUGCAGGGUGACAGCGGCACCGACUCCUUCCGGUGCGUGGAGAUGCGGGAGGGGCGGCCCUGGGUGUGGCAGGCGGACGCCUACGGCGUGGCUGCCACGGUGCACUGCCUGCUGUAUGGGCGGUACAUGGAGGUGGAGCGAGUGCAGGAGCAGGCCACAGGCGCUGUGUCUCUGCGGCUGUGCGAGCCGUUUAAGCGCCACUGGGCGGCCGAGCUGUGGGGACCCUUCUUCUCCCUGCUGCUGAACCAUACAGAUGUUGAUACGCCGCCCUCGGUGGAGGGUCUCAUAUCGGCCUUUGAGGCGCGCCUGAGUGGCAGCCGGGAGGCGGCCAGGCAGCUGCGCCAGGAGAUGAGCAGGGCGGCAGCGCUGCUGCCGCAGCGUUGCUGA